AGAUUUGUUGUCAUCCAUAGAAAAAUUGUUUUUGUUCGUCAAUUCGUUCAAUUUAUAAGUUUAUUCUUUGUUUAAUUGUUACUAGUUAGCAUUUAAUAAUAUCACAGUUGAUUAACUUGCAUUGUCAACAAAUUAUGAUCGAACAUGGAUGCCAUGUUUGAUAUUUGUUAUUUAUCAUCAGAAGGCAACAACGUUGAACCUGAUGAUAUCCCGAAAACAAAGGAAAAUGUUUGGGUUUUAGGCAAGAAGUACAGCGCCAUUCAAGAUUUGGAUCGUAUCAGACGCGACAUAUCUUCAAUCAUCUGGUGCACCUACAGGAAAGGAUUUGUGCCGAUAGGGGAUGAAGGCCUGACAUCAGAUAAGGGAUGGGGUUGUAUGCUUCGAUGUGGCCAGAUGGUUCUUGGAGUAGCUCUUAUCAGAAUCCAUCUAUCCUCAGACUGGGUUUGGACACCUGAAACAAGGGAUCCAACAUAUUUGAAGAUAAUCCAACGCUUUGAAGAAAGGAAGCAGGCUCCAUACUCAAUCCAUCAGGUGGCUCUGAUGGGAGCUUCUGAAGGCAAGGAGGUGGGCCAGUGGUUUGGACCUAACACAGUUGCACAAGUAUUGAAGAAGUUAGUAGUGUAUGACAAAUGGAGUUCUCUGGUGAUACAUGUGGCUUUGGACAAUACUGUUGUACGAGAAGACAUAUUGCAGCAGUGUAUUGUGAACAACGACAGGGGAGACUGCUCUAGUGCUCCGGACAAUCUGAUAGUGACUGACUGGAUGCCUUUGUUGCUGAUAGUGCCAUUGAGACUGGGGCUCAGUGAAAUUAACCCUGUUUAUAUAAAUGGACUGAAGAUGUGCUUCCAAUCCCCUCAAUCUAUCGGCGUUAUAGGAGGGAAACCCAACCAGGCCCUAUACCUGAUUGGAUGUGUAGAGGAUGAGGUGAUAUACUUGGAUCCUCACACCACACAGAGGUCGGGAUUAGUUGAGACUAAGACUACAGAUGAACAAAAAGAAAUGGACUGCACCUACCACUGUAGAUUCGCGUCUCGAAUACCCAUGAUAGCUAUGGACCCUUCUGUUGCUGUGUGUUUCGUGUGUCGGACAAGGAGUGACUUCGAAGAGUUGUGUGAUACCAUACAGAACAAGUUGAUGGUUGAGACGCAGCCGUUGUUUGAACUGUGUGAGAAGCGGCCAUCGCACUGGGGGCCGAGCAACGCUGAUAUCGACUUACAGAACACUACGCUUUUCAAUGAAUUUGAGGAUGUUGACAGACAGUUCGACGACUCAGAUGACGAGUUCGAGAUACUAUGAGCGUGUAGUAUGAAUAUUUUACUUUAUUAUGAAGAAUAUACGGAAUUUGUUGUUUUAUGUGAAUAGUACAUAAUAUAUAAACAUAAUAGAUUUACGAGGAUACUCUUAUGUUUUUGUAUAAUACUAAACUUAUGAUAUUGUGGGAAACUGUGUAAUGAUUGCAUUAGGCAUGUUUGCUUUUGAUAUUAUGUAAUAGCGAUUGUGCCUACGACGAAUGAGCAACUGAAUAAAGCAGCUUGCAUCGAGUUACUUCGACUGGGAUAGUGUAAGAGUUGCUUUAUAUAUUGCAGUGCCUUUAAACAAUAUUCUUAUUUCUUUAUCAAUGUGUAAUUUUUCAGAUUGUCUACGUUUUAAGUAACAUUCCUAAAAUUGAUAUACAAUGGCUCCGAUUCCUGCAGACACCGCCUAAUUUUAUUUUAGGUUAUAUCCGUCAUUUUCGUAUCCGUCGAAAAGGAAAGGGACGGAUGAUUCACAGCUCUUAAUUUUAGGAAGAAUGAGUAAAUGAAUGAAUAACCCGGGCGAAUCAAAAGGUACGUCCCUGGUAUGCAAUCCGUUUGACAUGCUGUCUACUUAACUGUGUCGGGUUAUUGACUGAUGUAAAAUGUUUAGACGGUUGGUUUAGAUUUGUGCUUAAAAUUGACGUGUGUUCCAUAAAUUUUAUGCUUGUCGAUUACCCGUCCCUUUCUUUUUCGGCGGAUAAGAAAAUGACAGAUAUAACUUAAAAUAAAAUUAGAUGGUAUUUACAGGAAUUAGCACCUAUGGUGACUUGUUUGCUUUCAGUUAUUAACUUCUAGUCAUAGUAGAUAGGCACAAAAUCGAAUAUUGGGUCGAAUGUCAAUUGAGUCCUUAUACAAAUCAUGAUGUGGCUUUGUUGAACAUGAUGAUCAUUUGGGAUUUUAUUUCACGUCACACAAUCGCCAUCGUAUGUGCUUUUCUAAAAAUCUUUUCGUAUUUAUACUUUGCAUAAUACUUCACGUAUGGCUUCACUUGUAAGAUUGUUUUAUCAUCUUCGGUCUGACUCAAGAGAUACUUGUCGGUAAGACAGCAUUUGUGAAGAUGAGCCAAUUUAAUAUGCCAUUAGCGUACUGUGUAUAGAUAGUUAAGUUUAGAUAGAACCAUUGACAAAAUAGACAUCACAACAAUUCGUAAUAAGUCUUUGUAAGCUUUAUAAAUUGCAAUCCAGAUGUCUGGAUGACUCGGUAUUUUGUCUUAUGAUAAUUAUUAUGAGAAAUGUUUAUUUACCCAAAAUUACAGUUCGAAUGGAGCAGCCAAAGACUCAAAUACUUAUUUUUAUAAAUAAAAGUAUAUAUAAUUA